AUGGAGCAAGAACAAUUAGGCUGGGAUCCCGAGACAAGGGAGACACACACAGAAGUACGAGGGGGGUUGCAGCAUGAGUCUGAUGCAUCUUUGCUUUAUUCAGUAGAUGGCGGCUAUCUGUUUCCUCCGUCGACAGUUGAAACAGAAGUAACUGCUACUGCAGCAGCAGCAGCAGCAGCAGCAGCAGCAGCAGCAAUAGGUGCUGAAGGUGGAGCAGCAGCUGCUGCAGCAGGACCCUCACGCAGCAGAAGCAAAACGUGGUGGCUGCUAGGGAUUGUAGGGUCUCUGCUGCUGGUGACUGUUGCUCGUUUGCUGCAGCAGCUGUCUCCGAAACUACCAGGGAGAGAGCAGCAGCUGCUGCCUGUACAGAGUGAGGAGCAGCUGCUGCUGCAGCAACUUUUAUCUCGAUUUUCACAAGAGUCUGUUGGUGAGACCUUCCUCUCAUACCCUAGUUUUGCUGCAGAUGCACCUGGUUCUACAGCAGCAAGACGUAGCUUUGAGGAGCUUUUACAGAAAGCACAGCAGCAUUAUCAGCAGCAGCAGCAGCAGCAGCAGCAGCAGCAGCAAGGACGCCAAAGGGCACCUUCAAGCGCCGCUUCUGCAACUGCAGCAAAAAGUGCUGCUGCUCCCGGAUCCUCUACCGGUGCUGAAUCAGCAGAAGCAGAAGCAGCAGCAGCAGCAGCAGCAGGUGGUUUGCAGGAGUGGGAGCGGCAGCUAAUGCGAGGGGCUCUCAUUUUUGCUGAUCUUUGUGCUCUUGAGAAAGCCUGCGGUGUUACUCCUUAUAACCCUACUCGGCUGGGCUUCAGAGCGCCUGUGCAGCAGCAGCAGCAGCAGCAGCAGAAACGGCAGGAGCAACAGCAACAGGAGAAGGAAGAGGAGCAGCAACAGCAGCAGCUGCAGCAGCAGGAAGAUAAGCAGCAGCAGCAGGCUGGUAAUGAUGAUGAUGAUGAUCACGAGGGUUGGCGUUUUGAAGAUAUGCCGAAGCAGCAAGGUGCUGCAGCAGCAGCAGCUGCUGCUGCUGCAGGUCCUGCUGCUGUUGCUGCUGCUGCUGCUACUGGUGGGGACAUGGAGGCUGCACUGAAGCAAAAGUAUAGAGAAGUUCGGCAGUGGCUGUCUUUGAUGGAAGAAGAAAUUGUAUGUUUAAGAGCUGCGGAGCAGCAGCAGCAGAUGGCUGCAGAGGGCAGCAGAGCAGCAGCAACAGCAGCAGCAGCAGCAGCAGGAGAUUCUCGUAGCCCUUCAUUGUACACUGAAUCAGACACAGCAAGAGAGCUUGAUAGAGCUGCUGGUUUAAUAUCAGCACUGAGAACAGCAGCAAGCAAGCUUGAUGAUACACUACUAGCGACAAACCUACGCGCUGCAGAUGCUGCUGCUGCAGCAUCAGCAUCAGCAGCAGCAUCUGCAGCAGCAGCAGUUGCUGCGAUCCAACGUGAGGCAGAGGCAUUGUCGGAAGGAGGAUUAGAAGACAGUAAAUAUAUACCCCCUUGGGUGCUGCAGCUGUUCGUACAGCCUAAAGACAGCACCCCCCGCUGCUUCGCCUGUCUUCGUCUUGCAUGCGAUCUCUUAGGACCUCCAGAUUUUGCAUCUGAUACAGAGUACAGCUCAGAGUUUAAAGAUGUUGUUGAAGACGGCUUAUUAUAUGCACAGGGCAAAGAAGAGCUUGAGAAGCUGCAGAAACAGCAGCAGCAGCAAGAGCAGCAAGAGCAGCACCAGCAGAAGCAGCAAGAGCAGCAGCAAGAGGAGGAGGAGGAGGAACAGCAGCAGCAGCAGCAGCAGCAGGGAUAUAAGGAAGGGCCAGCAACAACUCUAGCUAGACAGCUGCUAGCUACUGAGAUAGCUACAGAUCUGAGCCUCGCUAUGUUUAAUAUGACAAGUGCAUAUGACAAGCUUAGGAGUGCACUACACCGCGCAAACGAUGCUGUGAUAGCAGCAGGAGAAGCAGCAGCAAAAGCACACGCAGCAGCAGCAGCAGCAGAUGCAGCAGCAAAAGCAGAAUUAGAAGCAGCAAAAAGAGAGCACGCUCAACAACAACAGCAGCAGCAGGAGACAGCAGAAACAGAAGGUGCAGAGCAGCAGCAGGGUGCAAGCGCUAUAGAGUUAGCAGCAAUAGCAGCAGCAGCAAUUCAAGCAGCAUCAGAAGCAUCAGAUGAAGCAGCAGCAACAGCAGCAGCACUUGAAGCAGAAGGACGAGACUUAUCAGCCAUCAUAGAUAGAUAUGCAUCUUUUGCUUCUAAAUGGAUACAGAAGAUUGAUAGAGGACAAUGCUGGAUGCUGCAGACGGGGGAGCAGCAGCUGCUGCGAUUGUUUCUUCAGAGUACAUGCAUCAUAGAAGCAGCAGCAGCAGCAGCAGCAGCAGCAGCAGCAACACCAGCAGCAGCACGAUCAGCAGCAGCACGAUCAGCAGCAGCGGGAGGGAUGCAGCAAGGGAGGCCCUUCAACAAGAACAAACUUCUCUGCAGCAGGCUCUUGAUGCUGCUGCUUCUGCUGCUGCUUGCUGCUGCUUCAGCUGCUGCUUCUGGUGCUGCUGCAGGGCGGCAUCAGUCAGGUCCAGGAGAUACACAGGAAUGA